UUUUUGCGUCAUCGACCUGCGUCAAGAGCACGAUUGGUCUACCGCGCUUAACCCAGUAGCUGCUUUUGUUGUCCCGGCAAUGAUUUGCGCCGGGGCGGCAGCAGCUCCUGCCCUAUGGCGGCUGUGCACCGGUGCCCGGUGGCCCUUGUCAGGUAAAAGGAGACGCGCUGCUGGAAUCCUGUGUUGGGCGGCUUAUGCCAAAAAAAUCAGCAUCAGAUUUUGCAGUUCAAGAAUGACCUUAGACAACAUCAAUCGGGCAGCUGUGGAUCGAAUAAUCCGGGUGGAUCACGCAGGUGAAUACGGAGCGGAUCGCAUCCUCGCAGGGCAGAUGGCCGUCCUGGGCCGGACGAGUGUUGGCCCAGUCAUUCAGAAAAUGUGGGAUCAAGAAAAGGCCCAUUUGAAAAAGUUCAGUGAGUUGAUGGUUGCAUUCAGGGUCCGGCCGACAGCUCUGAUGCCUCUUUGGAAUGUGAUGGGCUUUGCGCUGGGGGCAGGAACCGCCCUGCUUGGGAAGGAAGGUGCGAUGGCCUGCACUGUGGCAGUGGAAGAGACUAUAGCACAUCACUAUAACAACCAGAUCAGGAUGCUGAUGGAGGAGGAUCCUGAAAAGUAUGAGGAACUCCUGCAGCUAAUAAAGACUAUUCGAGAUGAAGAGCUUGAGCACCAUGACACAGGCCUUUACCAUGACGCAGAACUGGCCCCUGCAUACACCGUCUUGAAGAAUGUUAUCCAAGCCGGAUGCCGUGCAGCGAUAUAUUUAUCAGAAAGAUUGUGAAACAUGGCUGUUCUUGUCUGUAAAAGAUGGUCGGUAACGUGUGACAUUUACAGAGAACGUGUUGUACAAAUAUUACUGUGUGCAUUUUGUUAAUAAAUUAUAAGAGCAUUUUUUGCAUUAAUAAAACUCUUCAGUGUUGGGUUUGUUGUUGUCAUGCCGUAAUGCUGACAGUUCACCAGGUGUUUUCAAAUUAAAGCAAACAGAUUGGUUCUUCUUUGA